ACCCUGCUAAAACCCCCCAAAACGUAUACACAAAGCAAGUCGCAAAAUGCAAGUCUCAAACCUUCGUCUCCUCUUGUUUAGCCCUUUCGUCCCGCCUCUCUCACUCUCACCCCUUAAACCCUCUUUCUCUCUCUUCCCCAAAUCAAAGCCUUACUCUCUCCUCACCGCCCUCGCCUCCGCCUCCUCCUCCCACCCAAAACGACGCCGUCCCAUUCCCUACAGGUCUCCAGGACCCAGAAGCAAAAGCACGCUCAGACACCGAGACAAAGCAAUGGAGGAUAAGACCGAGUCCGUUUCGUUCAACAAGAGAAGAGCGGAGGGUCACGACAAGAAUGAAAGACCCAAGAAGAAUCUCCAGAGGAAAGUCCGAGCUCUCAAUCCUACCAAUACCAUAGCUUAUGUCCAGUUUCUAGGGACUGGAAUGGAUACUCUGGAUACAUCUCCUUCAGUGUUGCUAUUCUUUGACAAGCAAAGAUUUAUUUUCAAUGCUGGAGAGGGAUUGCAAAGGUUCUGCACAGAGCAUAAGAUUAAGUUGUCAAAGAUAGAUCACAUAUUUCUCUCUCGUGUCUGCUCAGAGACUGCCGGUGGAAUUCCAGGUUUGCUGUUGACUUUGGCUGGCAUGGGUGAAGAAGGAAUGUCUGUUAAUGUGUGGGGUCCAUCAGAUCUGAAGUAUUUGGUUGAUGCCAUGAAGUGUUUCAUUCCAAAUGCUGCCAUGGUUCACACUAGGAGCUUUGGGCCCACACAUGGUUCUGUGGGGGGUCCUAUGGCUGAUGAAACUCAGUUUACAGAUCCCAUUGUUCUUGUUGACGACGAAGUUGUCAAAUUAUCAGCCAUUCUUCUACGACCAAGUUUCUUGGAAGGGUCUCAUCUGCCGAAUGGAGUACCCAUCAUGCAGAAUCCUAGAGAAAAGGUCAUUGAUGAUAGUAUGGAUCAUGCUUCAGAACCCAUUAGUCCAAAUGGCAGAAGUAUGCUUACUGGAAAGCCUGGUGACAUGUCUGUAAUCUAUGUCUGUGAAUUACCUGACAUCAAAGGGAAAUUUGACCCUGCGAAAGCGGUGGCUUUAGGUCUUAGACCAGGGUCAAAAUAUCGGGAUCUGCAACUUGGAAACUCAGUGAAGUCAGAUUACCAGAACAUCAUGGUUCAUCCAAGUGAUGUAAUGGGGCCCUCUGUUCCUGGUCCUAUUGUACUCCUCGUCGACUGCCCAACUGAAUCUCAUUUGCAGGAGUUGUUAUCCGUACAAUGUCUCAGUAGUUAUUAUGCAGAUUCCUCAGGCCCACCUGAGAAUGCUAAGGUUGUCACUUGUGUGAUUCAUUUGAGUCCUGCAUCUUUAAUAAGCAGUUCUAAUUACCAGAGCUGGAUGAAAAGAUUUGGUUCAGCCCAACAUAUCAUGGCUGGACAUGAAAGGAAGAAUGUGGAGAUUCCAAUUCUAAAGUCAAGUGCAAGAAUUGCAGCUCGACUCAACUAUCUAUGUCCACAGUUCUUUCCAGCUCCAGGUUUCUGGUCUCUUCAGCAGAGUGAUUGCUUAGCACCAGAGUCCACUGCUUCUAGUGAGGGUUCUGUUUGUGAAAGCAUUUCUGCUGAAAACCUCCUCAAGUUCACUUUGCGGCCAUAUGCUCAUCUUGGAUUAGAUCGGUCUGUUAUUCCAAGUAAGGUGGCUGCCGCAGAUGUUAUUCAUGACUUGCUUUCAGAGAAUCCAGAGGUUGUAGAUGCUGCCCAAUGUGUUAGCCAGUUCUGGCGUCAGUCCACAGAAACAAGGGAAGAGGUAAAUUUUGUGCAAGAAGAUACAGUAAUGGUUGAGGAGCCAUGGUUUAGUGAGAAUACACUUCCUAGUUGCUUGGAGAAUAUAAGGAGGGAUGAUUUGGAGAUAGUUCUUCUAGGAACUGGAUCUUCUCAGCCAUCUAAAUAUCGCAAUGUCAGUGCUAUCCAUAUCAACCUUUUCUCCAAUGGAGGUUUGCUUUUAGAUUGUGGCGAAGGAACCCUAGGACAGCUGAAAAGAAGAUAUGGUGUAGAGGGUGCUGAUAAUGCUGUGAGAGGUCUUCGAUGUAUAUGGAUUUCUCAUAUUCAUGCUGAUCACCAUACGGGAUUGGCAAGAAUACUUGCUCUGCGACGUACUUUGUUGAAGGGAGUGCCUCAUGAACCACUACUUGUAGUUGGACCAAGACAGCUAAAGAGAUAUUUGGAUGCAUACCAAAGACUUGAAGAUUUAGAUAUGCAGUUCCUUGAUUGUAAGCACACCACAGAAGCGUCUUUAAAUGCUUUUGAGGGUGCUACUGAAUCAAAUAAACGUCACUCCUCUCCUGGAAAAGAUAGGCAACAGAAAGUUGAUUCUACUCUAUUUGCUAAAGGAUCUCGUAUGGAGAGCUAUUGGAAGAGACCUAAUAGUCCAGUUGACGAUGGUGUGGUUUUUCCAAUUCUAAAGAGUUUGCAAAAAUUGCUUAGCGAAGCUGGACUGGAAGCCUUGAUUAGUGUUCCUGUCAUGCACUGCCCACAGGCAUUUGGUGUUGUCUUGAAGGCUUCAGAGAGAAUGAAUAGUGUUGGAAAAGUGAUACCAGGGUGGAAGCUUGUGUACUCUGGUGAUACUAGGCCCUGCCCGGCACUUACAGAAGCAUCUCGUGGUGCAACAAUUCUUAUACAUGAGGCAACGUUCGAGGAUGGCAUGGUGGAUGAGGCCAUAGCAAGAAACCACAGCACAACCAAGGAAGCCAUAGAAGUAGGGAACUCUGCAGGUGUUUAUCGCAUCAUCCUUACCCACUUCAGCCAGCGAUACCCAAAAAUCCCAGUAUUUGACGAGACACACAUGCAUAAGACAUGCAUUGCAUUUGACCUGAUGAGUAUUAACAUAGCUGAUUUGCCAGUUCUACCAAAAGUACUUCCAUACUUGAAAAUGCUCUUUAAAAACGAGAUGAUAGUCGAUGAAUCAGAUGAGAUGUUCGAUGCUGCAAGUGUUGCUUCUUAGUAACAAUUAUUCGAUUUUCUUUUUCCUUGUAAUUCCCCAUCAAUUUUGUAAUCCUUAGUAUUUUUCCUAUAACAUUCUUGUAAUCUGUGUAUAUCAUUCAAUUUUGAGAGAGCACUUCUCAACCAAGGUCUUUUCUUUGAAUGAUUAUGGAGUUAUUAGUCGUAUGUGUAAGAAACUGAGAUGAAAUGUAAAUUCCAGUCUGUUACCUACACAA